AGAAAGAUGGCGGCGUCUCUGCAGCUCAACAAACUCUUUGCUGUUGUGACAGGUGGCGGAAGUGGUAUCGGAAGAGCCGUAUGUCAUCGAUUUGCAAAAGAAGGUGCCAGCGUUGCGGUGGUGGAUAUAAACAGUGACCAUGCACAAUCCACAGCAAAUGAUCUUGCCGUAACUCACGAUGAAUGCAAACAUGCAGCAUUUACUGCAGAUGUGUCCUCAACGUGGUCAGUUAAACAGCUCACUGAAAAUCUUUUGAGGAGUUAUAAAAACACACCCACCAUAUUAGUCCAUUCGGCCGGCAUCACAAAAGACAGUUUUAUGGUGAAAAUGGAUGAAAAAAGUUUUGAUGAUGUCAUUUCAGUCAAUUUAAAGGGUACGUUUCUAGUUACGCAAGCCAUUACCAAAUUGAUGAUUGAUAAUAAAAUAAAGCAUGGAUCAAUUAUAACUAUGGCAAGCAUAUCUGGAAGGGUUGGAAACCUUGGUCAGUGUAACUAUUCAGCAUCUAAAGCUGGUGUGGAAGGGUUUACUAAAACUAUAGCAAAGGAACUAGCAAGACAUGAUAUCAGGUGUAAUACUGUUGUACCAGGAUGGAUACAAACACCAAUGACAGAAGCUGUGCCAGAAAAGGUCAUGACAAAACACUUAGGUAUGGUACCCCUUGGCAGGCUUGGCCAACCAGAAGAUGUCGCUGAUGUGUGUCUAUUUUUAGCCUCAGAAAAAAGUAGUUAUAUUACUGGAGCCAGUAUUGAAGUGACAGGUGGACUCUUCAUGUGAAUAAUGUAAUUGUGGGAAUGUUGCCACAACAGUCUAUGGGUCAUCAACUGUGGUUGAAUGUGAUGAUGUAAUCGAUAGCUCUACGUAGACUCCAGAUAUGAACACAGACUGGACUGUCUGCUGUAGCAAUCCAUGAAUACUGUCACGGCAUUUUCAGAUUUCCACUAACAAAACAUGCCAAGAAUUGUGGUUGUCUUUGACUGCAUGAAAAUCGAUGAAAUUGCAUGUAGCUUUUUAUCCUGCAUUAUAAGGAAAUAUACAAACUGCAAACUUUGACAGUUUAGUUGCCAGUAUUUCCUCUUUAAAAAUUGUCAGAGCAUAUUAUUAUUAUCAACAGCAUACAAGUAUAAAAUUAAUUGAAAGAAAGGUUAUCAGAUUGGUUACUUGGUGGGGAAGGAGAGGGAAGAUUGAUUGUUACUUUGGGAACCCUGGCUGAUAAGAUAUUUAUACAAAAUCCAUGCUUAGUAAGCAUGGGGAAUAGGGUUUGCAGGUUGUAAUUUAGAGAUAGAAAUUGUAUAUAUUGCCAGAAUUGUAAGAACACUCCAUUGCUAACUACUAAACAUUAGCAAUUUCAAAUUCUAAGCUGUUGUACUGACUCUCAUACUAAAAGUUUUGCAGUUCUUUUUAUUAUUCAAAAAUGCCAAAAUCCAUUCACUCGACAUUUUUUAAUCAAAUAUUAUCAACUGCUUGAAAAAGUUUGUUUUGGCAAUUUAGAAAAAAAAAAUAUUAGUGUAAUCUGCUUUCUUGUAAUAGCUAUUUUUUUUAUUGAAAUAAUAUGUACUGUUAAAAUAUUUGCAAUAGAUCACAUGCAAUGUUGUUUUGAUGAAUUUGGAUUUCAAGUUGAACAAUAUAUCAAAACUAACAUUUUGCUGAUUGAGUUUUACUUGGCUACUAUCUUUGAUUUUGUAUAUUCUGCGCAAGAUGGAAUGAAAUUAAUCAUACUCUUUAAUAAAGAAAAUGUUGAUUUU